CUAAAGAACUCACAGUGACAAAUGCACGAGGCAAGAACAACGUGUGUCCUGCGGCCGUUUACGUCACCAACGAAGAGAUUCAGGCUGCAAACACAACAAAGGUCCGCCCCCACGAAAUUGGGGUAAAUUUGGCAUUUUAAAUGCAUGUCUCGAUGAGCGGCAGCCAAACAAAACAAACUGCUGAGUUGUAGAUCGCAGAGCAGUUGUGCGAUAACUUACAGGAGAGUUGGACAUCAGCAGCCUUCGUUUACAGACAAUGGACGCAAUGGACACAGAAUCCAGCAUCUCCUCUGAUCAGCCCAAGUUGACGAGAGGCUUUGACCAAAAGGUGUUCGUCAACAGAAGUCUGACACUGGAGAACAUCAAAUGCUACGGCUUCGACAUGGAUUACACGUUGGCAGUUUAUAAGUCUCCUGACUACGAGAGCCUUGGCUUUGAGCUGAUAAGAGACAGACUGGUGUCUAUUGGUUAUCCUCAUGAGCUUCUACGCUACAAGUAUGACCCAAACUUCCCUACACGUGGUUUAGUGAUUGAUACCACAUACGGGACUCUGCUGAAGGUGGAUUCAAAUGGGAAUGUUUUGGUCUGCAGUCAUGGUUUCCGCUUCCUCACAGGGGAAGACAUUCACAACUACUACCCCAACAAGUUCAUUCAAAGAGAUGACACCGACCGUUUCUAUAUUCUCAACACUCUCUUCAAUCUUUCAGAGACUUAUCUCUACGCCUGCCUUGUGGAUUUCUUCACCUUAUGCAGCAGAUACAAAAACGCUCUGAAGGGUUACCAUCACGGCGACUUGUUUAUGUCCUACAGAAGCAUGUUCCAGGAUGUUCGGGAUGCAAUGGACUUUAUUCACGACACGGGGAUCCUGAAAGAACGAACAAUCAAGAAUUUGGAUAAAUACGUUGUUAGAGAUCCAAAUAUCGGUGUACUCCUGACUCGGAUUAAAGAAGUGGCCAAAGUCUUUCUUGCCACCAACAGUGACUACACCUACACUGAGGCCAUUAUGAAAUACCUGCUGGAAAACGGCACUAAGUCUGGAAAUCCGAAAAAGUCCUGGCGCUCCUUCUUUGACCUCGUGGUUGUGGACACCAGGAAGCCACUGUUCUUUGGAGAGGGGACUGUGCUGAGACAAGUAGACACGGACACAGGGAAGCUUCGGAUUGGGACUUACACAGGUGCCCUCCAACAUAGUACAGUCUACUCUGGAGGAUCAUCAGACCUUAUCUGUGAUCUGCUGGAGGUCAAAGGUAAAGCCAUCCUGUAUGUUGGAGACCACAUCUUUGGCGACAUCCUCAAAUCUAAGAAACGUCAGGGCUGGAAGACAUUCCUGGUCGUACCGGAGCUCACCAAGGAGCUGCAAGUGUGGGAGGAGAAGAAAAAUUUGUUUGAGGAGCUAAAACGUCUUGAUGUCAUCUUAGCUGAGCUUUAUAAACACCUGGACAGCGGCAGUCGAGAGUGUCCUGACAUCAAGGCUAUUCAGAGUAGAAUGAGGGUGCUGACUUACAGAAUGGACUUGUCCUACGGCCAGUUGGGCAGCCUCCUGCGCAGCGGCUCCAGACAGACGCUGUUUGCUAGCCAGCUGAUGCGUUACGCAGAUCUAUACUCCUCCUCCUUCAUCAACCUGCUGUACUACCCCCUUAAUUAUCUUUUCAUGGCUCCUCCAGUGCUGAUGCCCCACGAGGCGUUGUCUCAAAACACUGCUGAAUUCGCUCCGAUAGAGCUCAACCAUGCUAUCAACAAAAACGAAGGAGUGCAAAUGCAGGUGCCUGAGAUGAGACCGAAGAGGACAUGAUGAUGCCACAGAGAAAUCUUCUAAUGUGCUUUUACUUGUCAUAGACAGUUUUCACCUGUCUGCACCUGUGCAAAUAUGAAGGGUUUGUUACAGCCUUGAUGUGCCUCCUUUACAACAAAAUGUGAAUUAUUGCUCCACCUGCUGGAUGCAAAUUGCUGUGCCAUGUUUACUUAAAAAAAAAAAAAAAAAAAUAGAAAAAAGAAAGUAUGUUGAGAGUUUUAGGAUUCUAUGGGAAACAGAUUCAGGGUUACUGUAUAUAUGUGUGAAAAUGUGUCUAAAUCUGCUUUUUACAUAUAGUGCUGCAUAUGCACUUUAAGAUUUUAAACUUACUUAAGUAUCACAGAUAAGAGUAGAGUCACAUAGUAUUAGUGGCUUUUUUUAGACUAUCCAGUAGAUUACACAGUUUUCAUAAUGACUCUUUCUUUUGUAGCAUAUAGCUCCAAUAAAAACUGUUCACAGAGAGGUCUGUGAAUCAGGGUAACACAUUGAUGUUGAAUUUUCCAAUUCUGCGAGCACCAGAAACUAAAUUUUACUCUCCUCUAUUUCAUUUGGAUGGAGACAGAAAUAUCAGAGAAACUUGAUAAAGUAAAACCAAAACUAGAAGUACAAGGAAUUACUUCCCUAAUGUGUAUUUGUGUCGAUUGGGUGACUUCAAGCCCUCAAGGUUUUCCGUUUGCACUACAUCUCUAAUCCACUGGAUGGCAGUGAAUCACCUCUGCAACAAACUCUGCAGCAAACAGAUCACUGUGUGUGUGUGUGUGUGUGUGUGUGUGUGUGUGUGUGUGUGUGUGUGUGUGUGUGUGUGUGUGUGUGUGUGUGUGUGUGUGUGUGUGUGUGUGUGUGGCCAGAAAUUAGCCCAGAUAAUGUUUUAUUCAUUGUCAAAAUGUUUAUUUAUUUUCAUUUUUACAAAAGAAGUAAGAGCGGUGUUAACAGUUAAAUAUGUAGUCCGGUUUUUUCCUGGCUAAUUUAUUGAUCACAGAUGGUAAAUACAUCAGAUCUGCUGAUAUUCAGGUAAAACUGAGGCAUGUUUUUGCAUUGUCUCCUAAUGCAAACACAUCUGAUUUUGCACUUGCCAUUGUUGCAACCGAUGUCAAUAUCAGGAGUUUAUCAGGAUCUUCAUUGAUCAGCAAAAAGCAUUUAAAUAAUCAUACAAAAAGAGACCCCUGAUAGUUACUAGAAACUAUGUAUCUCUCUUUUGUUCUUGUGUUGUUCGGACAAAGAGCUUUAUCGAGACAGAACUGGGAGGGAGAUGGGCUCCUCCUCACUGUAUGAUAACGGUGCCCAUGAUAAGAGCUUUUUCUUCUCAUAGGAAAUGAUGGUCUUGCAGGGUUGAAAUGUGCCACAGCAGUACGGUUUGUCUCCUACGUGCCACUCAGGAGAAAACUUUCAGUCUACAGAGCUUAUUCAUUGCUCAUAUAGCAAGUGUCUCAUCUCUAAUGCUGACAUCAUCACAAAGGAAGAGAUAUAAAAGUGAGUAGAGGAGAUGAAGAUGAAAUGUGUCACCGAUCAUUAUGAAGCUUACCCUAAUAUCUUAAACCAUGGGAAGGAAAACAGAACAAAAUAUGUUAUCAGCCAGAUCAAGUGUCCAAUUUGUGGAGUUGUUGUCAAACUUUAAAGACUUUAAAGAAGAUCUGAUAUCUGUUCAAAUAAUUCAAUAAUAUUUGGACAUGAUUCAUAUGAGUGUGUAAGAAUCUAUUAUUUUAUGUCAGUGAAGUUUCAUGGGAUGGGACCAUGGGACGCUGCAUUGUUCUGGUCUCUCAAAUUAAACUUGUGAGGCAAGAACAAAUUAGGAUACACCCACUUCUCCUUGUAAACACACAUACACACACACACACACACACACACACACACACACACACACACACACAAAGGUUUCUUAGAUGAUUUCAUAUCCUGUAUUGGGGCUAUUUCCGUUGAUUUGGAUUUCCUUCAUCAUUGUCUGCUUGUCACCUGGAUUUAUUGUUUUUGGAUUUUUGUGUGUUUUUCUUUCCAUCUUAAGUCAUUUGAUUAGGAUUUAUUUAUUUUUAUUUUCUCAGCUUCCUGCUAUUUGAUCUUGUGUUUUUUAUUUUAUUUUCACCAUACACAUAAACUAACCAUAUCCUUUUCUGACAUUUGAUGUUUAACAAAACAUUAAUAAAAAGGUAUAUCCUUCUUUAAUUUGAUAUAAUGCCUCUUUAAAUACAUUUUUUUUUUGUUUUUAUUUUAUUUUUCAUUGCAUUAAUGAAUAACAGACAAUGAAUGAUUGUGUCAUCAGUAGCCAGACCUUCGAUCCUGCACUGCAGCUCCUGUCCUUUGGAUGGCAUUAAACUGCCACUCUGCAGCAGACUUGAAUGAAAAGAAAAAAGCACAUGUGGAGAAAAAUGAUCAGUCAGACUCUAACUGCUGCCUAUUUGUGUGAAGAUAGUCAAGCUAUUUAUAUUGGGAUU